UGUGACAUUGACGUUUGACAAAAUAUUUGAUUGUUAAAUUUAUUUACAAUCAUUCUAAAGGUUCAUAAAAAGUAUUUUUGCUAAGCAAAUACUCAAGAUGAACUGUUUCGACAACGUAUCUAUGCCGAGCUGUAUUUGGUUCGAAAGCGGAGAAAAGCGGAACAUCCUAGCCUCUAUCUUCUCGGGAUUACUGUUUUUUACUGGCUGGUGGUUUAUUAUUGAUGCAGCAUCAGUAUAUCCAGGAGAUCUGCCAAAUGCUGCUCAUGUGUGUGGGGUGAUGGCCACACUUUCACUACUCAUGGUCAACUCGGUGUCUAAUGCCCAGGUUCGCGGUGAAACAUACACAGGUGGUUGCAUGGGUCCACGCGGGGCUCGACUCUGGCUGUUCCUCGGUUUCGUGGUGGGCUUUGCGUCACUCAUCGCCGCCUGCUGGAUACUUUUUGCAAACUACGUUAAUGCAGGUAGCGGCAAACACACUUGGCCCGGUGUGAGCUUAUUCAUGCAAAAUGCAUUCAUAUUUGCUGGAUCACUAGUGUUUAAAUUCGGUCGCACUGAGGAUGUUUGGGGUUAGACGGAGAUUUAGAAUAUAAAACUAUGUUUUUUUUAAUAAUUUGCAUGAAAUAAUCUCGUUUUUAUCUUAAGAUUUGCGAACAAUAAAACCUCACAGAAUGAUUAAUUAUGUUGACACAUCUUAGUUUAAAUUACGACAGUACUCUUCCUUAAUUCCUUGAUAAUUCGCGUUAUUUUUUUAAUAAUAACAAAAUUCAAAAUUACGUUUUUGUUAACAGUGGUUAAGAAAUUCCGAAUAAAAAUGGCAACACUAAAGCUAAAAUAACGUGCCUCUUCAACAGAUAAAACAGAAACACUUGCUUUAUUAUGAUCCUUAUACAAAGUUGCAGCCAAAUGAUUUAUAAUUUUUGCUUAUUUCAAUUUAAAACAUAUAGACAAAAUCAAAGAUUGAAUGAGGAAGUACAAAAACGUCAAAUAUUAACCUGAAAGAUUGAGUGUACCUUUUAUUACGAGUCCGUCGUCAGUUAUAUUCUCGUUGUAAAAAUGCGAUAACACUAUUUACUUUUCACCAUUUAAAGAAAUAAUAUAGACUUUUUAAUUUACUUUCUUAAAUUUUAUAUUGAGUCGUCUAUUUAAAAAAAAAAAUCCUUAAAAUUAUAGAUAGUAUAAUCUACAUACAAUAACAUCCUUGGAUACAGUUUAAUACGGAAAUAAAAAUUAAUCACAAAAAAUCCAUGACUAAAUUUUGGUAUCGGAAAAAUACGGUCUUGCAUGUUAAGAACUAAGUUCAAAAUAAUCGUAUGGAAAUAUUUUAUUUAGAAAUAAUACAAAUGAAACUGUUAAUUAGGCAAUAUAUUUACAUUUUUAAAAUACAUUGUUUUGUAAUUGAAACAAUUCAAUUGAAUAUUUAUAUUGUAAUGUUAAAGUUCAAAGUGCAUUCACUCAUGUGUAUUUCGUUUGUUUUAGAAUAUAAUUUUAAUUAAAUAUAUUUUUCUACUAAUGCAAUAUUUAUUACUGUAGCAACACCUGCGACUUAAGCCUUCGGUACACAUGUGUCAAUGCUGUCUUUGUGUAUUUUAACAAAAUAAAUAAUACAUUACAUUACUAUUGCUUUGGUAUUCCUUUAUUUUAAUUAAAUAUAAAUAAAGCCUUAUUGAUUUAAAAUUGA